CAGGAGCAACACGAUCACUGUUGCCACAGGCAGUUUGAAGAAUGAAUAAUGGUGACUGGAUUUUGGUCUGGAAAAUGAUUAAUUAAAUAAAUUAUAUUGACUGAGGAACCCUGAAGGUGUAAAACCAGUAAAAAAGGAAAAGAAGCAGAUCAAGUGUGGAAGGUUGGUGCAGUGACGGUGGAGAACAGACCUGUUGGGUUUCUAUUCUGAAGGAGAAAAUGAACAGCAGGAGUUUGGUGGUGAUUUUGGUGCUGUGCCACGUCCAGUAUUUAGCUGUUCUGGCUGCGGCAGGGAUCCAACAACGCUGCUUGAACAACAGAGACAACUGCUCCAAUAAUGAAAACCUUGAGCAACUCCCCACCUUUGAGUUUCCCCAUGUGGCCGGCAGUUUGAAACGGAUGAAGAGGGAGUGGGUCAUUCCUGCGAUUAACUUCCCCGAGAACGACAGGGGUCCAUUUCCCAAAUUCAUGGUGAAGAUUAAAUCAAGCAAUGACGGGAAGGUGGCGAUAACGUACAAGAUCACUGGACCGGGGGCGGAUCAGCGUCCUGAGGGUGUUUUUACUGUUGAUCGGCGAUCUGGGGUUCUGUACGUGACCCAGCCAUUAGACAGGGAGAAGACGGACAAAUACAUUCUGUGGGCCCACGCAAUGCAGGAGAAGAUCAUAGCCGAGGAGCCGAUGGAGCUUAUCAUCAACGUCAUCGACCAGAAUGACAACGCUCCACAGUUCACUCAGAACCAUUUCUACGGCACAGUGAGCGAAAGCGCUGAAGUCGACGACUCCGUGUUAAAGGUGAUGGCGGAGGAUAAAGACGACCCACAGAUGAGCAAUGCAAUAAUUAGGUAUCAGAUAAAGAAUCAGACGCCUCAAAUACCCAGAGGGGACAUGUUUACCAUAAACCCCUGGAGCGGAUUGAUCAGUGUGGCAGCAGGAGGCCUGGACAGAGAGACCCAGCCACAGUACAAGCUGACCAUUGAGGCUGCUGACAUGGAGGGCGAGGGGCUGGCAGCCACCUGCACCGCUAUCAUCAGCGUCUCCGACAGCAACGAUAACGUUCCACAGUUCAUCAUCACAUCUAUUUCCACAUCCGUCCCUGAAAAUGCAGCCGGAUUGGAGGUCAUAAGGUUAAAGGUCACAGACCAGGACGAGCCGGGAUCUCCCAACGCCAACACUAAAUAUUCAAUAAUCGCAGGCAACGAGUGCGGACACUUCAACGUCACCACAGGCGCCAAUAAAAUGGAGGGAAUCAUCAAAACAGCCAAGGAGCUGGAUUUUGAGAGCACUCCUGAAUUUACUCUGCUGGUGGUGGUGACUAACGAGGUGCCGCCAUCCGGGCCGACGUGGACCUCGACGGCCACCGUCACCGUGGCGGUGGAGGACAAGAACGAGCCUCCUGUUUUCAGUCCAGCCGAGAUCCUCGUGAGCAUCUCAGAGCACGCGAAGGCAGGGAGCUCUGUGGCCGGCGUCAGAGCUGAGGACCCAGAUACAGCCAGGAGACAGAGCGUGAGAUAUAAAAUACACAAUGACACUGCCCAUUGGCUGAGUAUCGAUCAAGACACCGGCUCGGUCAAAGUAAGAGGCAGCAUGGACAGAGAGUCACAUUAUGUCAAAGACGGCAAAUACACAGUCCUGAUUUUGGGCUAUGACAACGACACUGUCCCAGCCACCGGGACAGGAGCCGUGGUCGUGACUUUACUGGACGUGAACGACCAUCGUCCUGUGAUCAGACAGAGAACAGCCACUCUGUGCAACAAGGACCCUGCCCCUGCAUUGUUGGACAUCGUGGACUUCGACGGACCGGGUCACGCUGGACCCUUCAUUGUGGAGCUUCAAGGAGAGCACAAGAUCAACUGGACCAUUAGCACCAACUCCACCAGUAGCGUGGCAGCUCUGGCCCCCAAGCGGGAGUUGUCGCCUGGUGACUACCAUGUUCUCAUGCGUAUCUAUGAUGUCGGCAUGCUCUACCAAGACAGCACACUGGCUGUGGAGGUGUGCCAGUGUGAAGGAGCCACUUCCACCUGCUUCAUCUCACAUUCUGCCCCUCGUCUGCACAUUUCUUCUCACGCAACCUCAGUUCUUGGAGUGAUUUUUGGUCUUUUGUUGCUGCUUCUGCUGUUGCUGCUGCUGCUGGUGUUGUUGAGGAGGAGGAGGAGGAGCUCGGAGAAGGACUUCUGUCACCUUGAAGAUAUGCCCAGGGACAACAUCUUCCUCUAUGAUGAAGAGGGAGGAGGUGAAGAAGACCAGGACUUUGACCUGAGCCAGCUUCAGAAGGGGCCCGAUAACUGUCACAAGGUCACUGACGUCUUCCCGACCGUCCAGAGCCGACCCUGCUACCGUCUCCUGCCCCAAGCCAAUGAGGAGAUAUGUACAUUUAUUGAAAACAACUUGCAGGCUGCAGACAGUGACCCCACAGCUCCUCCUUUCGACUCUCUCCUGGUGUUUGACUACGAAGGAGUCAGCUCUGAGGCGAGUUCGCUCAGUUCCCUCAACUCCUCAGACUCGGACGAGGAGCAGGACUUUCAGAGCCUGAGUCAGUGGGGACCAAUUUUCAACAGGUUGGCUGACCUGUACACUCGUGGGACAGAGGAGGACGACGAAGACACAGAAACACUGCCGGGAAAAACAGAAUGGGUCUGACGGGCCUGUGCGCUUUUAACAAAGAUCCUCCAGCUUUGUGUCCAUCUGCCCAACAUCCUCACACUGCUUUCCACGUUUGUUUACUGCACAAAUAAUGGCAUUUACAGACUAAAUAAUGUCUAAUAGUAGUUUUAAUAGUGUCCCUACUGUGAUCAUGUCAAGUUAGCUAUUUUGUUUCAUUUGUUUGAUUGAGCAAAUAAAAGUAAACAUCAUUUCUAUUUCAUUUAUUCUGUGGGAUAACAGUUCUCUGCAUUGGAGGCCCAGUGUUGAAACCUUACGCAGCCUCAACAUCAGACUCCACCUCAGCAUCUGUGGAGAAGUUACGUCAACGAUAAUUUUAUAAUAACGAAGGGAUAUCUGCAUGUAAAGAGCUGAAUGCCACAAAAACACUUUUGCCGCUCAACAAACGUUUUUUUUAGAAGUACCAAAGACACAAGCUAAAAAUCAAGAUCAUCUUUUUUUAUCUUUGUAUUAUUUUUUUUAAAUAGGCUUUUUGCUUUUACAGAAUCAUUUCACCCUCAUCGUCUGUAUUUAAUUUUUGCUGUGAUUCAUGCGAUCAAAUAAAGUUUUUAUUUGUAAA